AGUGACAUCUGUGAAAAUAUAUUUUUCUGAAACUAACCUAAAGAGAGUCGUCGAACGUUUUUAGGCGUUUGUACGCCGGUGAGAAAUUCAGGCAAUUUAAUUACUAUUUUUAUAAUUAUAAAUAAUUAUAUCCACUAAAGAAAAUAAAAAUCCGUCAAAAUGACUAUCGGAAAAAAUAACAAGAUGUUGCAACACAUCAACUACCGGGUGAGAAUAAUUCUCCAAGACAGUAGGACCUUCAUCGGGACAUUCAAAGCCUUCGAUAAGCACAUGAACCUGAUCCUCGGGGACUGCGAGGAGUUUUGCAAAAUAAAGCCGAAAAACACCAAGCAGCCCGAGCGAGAGAAAAAGCGUGUCCUAGGUUUCGUUUUACUCCGCGGAGAAAACAUUGUUUCUUUGACAGUAGAAGGACCUCCGCCUCCAGAAGAGGGUCUUCCUCGAGUACCGAUUCCCGGUGCAGCUCCAGGUCCAGGAAUGGGCCGCGCAGUCGGUCGUGGCAUGCCCGCAAACGUUGCCGGAGUACCUGCUGGGCUCCAAGGACCCGUUCGCGGUGUUGGUGGACCUUCUCAGCAAAUAAUGACGCCAGCAGGCCGCGGGCAAGUUUCUGCUCCGCCACAGAUGCACCCUGGAGCUCCACCCAGGAUGCCUGUCAGUGGACCUCCUCCUGGUAUGAUGGGACCACCUCCAGGAAUGAUGGGUAUGCCACCAGGAAUGCCUCCAGGUAUGGGUCGUGGUGGACCACCAAUUGGACCACCAGGAAUGCGAGGACCUCCUCCGGGAAUGAUGCGUGGCGGGCCACCCCCACGUCCUUACUAAAUGUAAUUCCACUUCAACUUAUAUUUUAACCUUAUGGUUCUUUACACAAUUUUUAAAUUAAUAUUAAUCCACAUACAAAUUGAUGUUUCAGUAUGCAUCAAUAAUUUGUAAUACCAAUCAAUUGUAAUAAUAAGACAGUAAUUAAAUAUAAAUACUUCUUUAUUUCUUU